CAUUUGCCCCGCGUUAUGAAGUGCGGGGGAGCAUUUGUGGGAGCAACUCGGUGUCUGAAUUGGCCAUAACCGAGAAUCUUUGGGGGCGGGCGAAGUAUAAGAGACGGGCCACCACGUCUGACUGAAACGCUCAAGCAACAGUCUCCCCAACCUAUCUGGUAUCUCUCAUCAUCAGAAACCACAAUGUCUGAGCAACAACCGAACGGAACUACCCCCAAAGUCACUGGUCUUAGCGAGCGCACCCGCGCCAAAUGGGCAGCCGCGUCGACGCCAGAGGAAAUCGCGGCCAACCUGCCUCCCAUGCUCGAUUUGACCAUUGAGAACAUCACAGAGAAUGUCAUGAAGAUCAAUUCCAUGUGCGACAACCCUCGCAUGCGGUACCUUAUCUUGAAGUUGAUCCAGGCCGCCCAUGACUACAUCCGGGAUGUUGGCCUUCAAUUCGAUGAAUGGGAGCAAGCGUGGCAGUUCCUAACCAGAGUCGGACAAAUCUCAACCGACGUCCGUCACGAAUUCGUCCUCCUCUCAGACAUCCUGGGUAUCUCCGCUCUCGUCGACGCCCUUUCCUACCCCGCGGUGCCUGGAGCAACCGAAUCUUCAGUGCUCGGUCCCUUCCAUGACGAAGAGGCUCAUUCAUUCGAAUAUGGAGAAUCCAUCACUGCAGAGGGAACCCCCGGAGAGCCCACAAUUGUGCGGGGUUGGAUCAAAGACACAGAAGGCAAUGCCGUGCCCAAGGCAUUGAUCGACGUCUGGGAAACCGACGGCAACGGCGUGUACGACUUGGAGUACGACGGAUCAGAGGACCCCAACUGCCGCGGAAAGAUCUUCUCCGACGAGAGGGGCCACUAUCUCUUCUCCUGCGUCAAGCCCGUCGCAUACCCCAUCUCCAAUGACGGACCCGUCGGAGAGCUCCUGCGCAAGCUCAAGCGUCAUUGGUUCCGUCCUGCUCAUAUGCACUUCAUGGUCGCCCACCCUGAAUACACCAAGCUCAUCACGGCCCUGUACUCCCGCGACAGCAACUUCGUGGAGAGCGACACCGUGUUCGGCGUCAAAAAGAGCUUGAUUGUGGAUUACAACUGGUGCGAGGAUCUGGAGCUGGCUAAGCAGCACAAUGUGGAGCCCAUUGUCAAGACGAUUGACGGACGCGAGUCGAAGGGAUUCUGGCUCUUGGAGCGUGACUUUAUCCUUGUGAAGAAGAGCCCUCCCCCGCCUCGCAAGACUGAGGAUUUGGAUUAGAUUGUACGGACUACUUGUUCUGGAACUAUGAAGGAUAUGUUGUCUUUAGCAUUAUAUAAAUUAUGAUAGCGCAAUGAAUGUUUUUAAGUGUGC